GCCCCGUAUCUCUCUUUUCUCUCUGUCUCUGUGAUCUUAUAGAUGUUGCAGCUACAAGUGAGGUAAAAGAGGAAAGCUUACUACAGGAGGAAGAUCCGGGACUGGAAGGGAACCAUGAAAUGAUCCCAUUGGGAUCCCAGGAGGGGAUCUGCUUGACAACUCAGGAUUCUGAGAAUGAUAGCAUACCCGGGGAAAAUGGGACAUGCAGAACAUAUCCAAAAAUCUCUUCUGAGUCAUCACAAUCAGAUGGAACAUUACUGGAAGGUUUUCAAGAGAGCAUUUCCAUGAAGCCUGAGCUCUUUGAUCAGGGCUACGAGUCUGACCGACAGCCAUGGCAGCAUACUGUGAAGCUGUGGGGCAUAUCCAUCCAGAAAGUGGAAGAUGUUGUGUCAGAUAACACUGGCAUCAUUCAGGUGGGAGAGGAGCAUCACAUGUGUCGCAAAUGUGGACAGGCAUUUGAGCACCAAUCAGGACUUAUUGUGCACCAGAUGAUCCAUACGGCAGAGAGGCCCUAUGAAUGCCUCGAGUGCGGGAAAAGCUUUUGCCAGAGGGAGAACCUUCUCGCACACCAAAGGAUCCACUUGGGGGAGAGGCCUUACGAGUGCCUUCAGUGUGGGAAGCACUUCAGCACCCGCUCCCACCUCAUCACUCACCAGAGAAUCCACACGGGUGAGAAGCCGUACAAAUGCCUUCACUGUGCCAAAAGUUUCAGCAACAAGUCCUCGCUCGUCACACACCAGAGAAUCCACACCGGAGAGAAGCCGUACACGUGUCUGCAGUGUGGGAAGAGCUUUUGCCAGAGUGGGCAGCUGAUUCGGCACAAGAGGAUCCACACCGGAGAGAAACCAUACGCGUGCCCGCAGUGCGGGAAAUGUUUCUGCCAAAGAGGACAGUUGAUUCGACACCAGCGGAUGCACACGGGGGAAAAGCCAUACGAAUGCCUUCUGUGCGGAAAGAACUUCAGCAGGAAAUCAUAUCUUGACAUUCACCUGCGAAUGCAUUCGGGAGAGAAGCCGUACAAGUGUUCCGAAUGUGGGAAAAGUUUCUGCCAGAGCUCUCAGUUGAUUCGGCACCAGAGAAUCCACACUGGAGAGAAGGGCUUUAGGUGUUCCAAGUGUUGCAAAAACUUCUAUCAGAAAGAAACACUGGUAAGGCACCAGGGAACCCAUGUGGAAUCGAUACCCUACGAAUGCUCUGAAUGUAGAAAGGCCUUCCUACGGAAAGAUAAGCUCGUACGGCACCAGAAAACCCACACAAGGCUUGAAACAUUAUGAAUCCUUCUUUUAGUUGAAAUGGU